AUGGCGAUGGUCCCGCUUGGAGAGGGUGGAUUUGGAGAAGUAUGGCAUCUACCCGAUACUGAACCACAAAUGGUGAUGAAGAAGGUUCGACAGACAAAUGACACCGACAGUUAUUUACGGUAUUUGAGGGAACUUCAAACAUUGAAGGAUCUGAUACAUGAAAAUGUGGUCCGAUAUUAUGAUGCUCCCUCGACCUUGAAUUAUCCUGGCAUCAAACCAGACGACUUGUUGUUAUUUAUGGAAUACUGUGAACACCUUUCGUUGCGACAUGUUAUCACGGACAUCAACUUGGUCUAUUCAAUGGCAACAAUAGCUCAAUGGUCGACAGAAAUGUUCAGCGCUCUCGAACAUCUUAAAAGUAUGAACAUUGUUCAUCAGGAUGUCAAACCGGAUAAUUUAUUUGUCUGCGGUCAUGAUUAUGUGCUAAAAUUAGGAGAUUUUGGCAUUGUCCGCGAUAUGAAAACGAUUGGAAAGUAUCGAGGUGGAACACGUGGUUAUAAAGCGCCGGAAAUUGAAUACGGCGAAACGCUGGUUGGAGAGGACGCCUAUAAAUGUGAUAUUUAUGGAGCUGGAUGGGUUGUAUUUGAUAUGGUUAAUAGAAGACCCGGGAACCGAGACAUUCAGGAAAUGUUCAAGGAUCAUCGACAUUUAGCUACGCUGAAAAGGCUUGUAAUCGGAUGUACAAAUAAAGAAGUUGCGAAUCGAUUGAGUGUUGAGGAUGCUUUGGCCCAUUGCAAAACAAUGACCAAGGAGUUCAAGAAAUAUCACGCAAAGCCAGAUCCUGAUCAAAAACCCGGCGAGCUAAAGCCCCCAGUUGGAUUGAAUGAAAAAGGAAAGCAGGCUGACGGACAGACCGAGCAAAUACAUAUCCAUGGGGUUGAUCUAAGCUUCAGUUCAUCCUGCAGUCUCCAGAUGGCUCCAAAAGCUAAACAGAACCAAUCGACGGUUACUCGACGAGAAAAACUACUGAUGGAUUUUGUUGUAGAUGUGUUUCUUCCACGGCAAGACAGAAUUGACACAUUUUGGGAAAACGUAACCAACCGAAAAUUGGACAAUGCUUUUGAC